AUGUCUGUCACACUCCACACAACCGCUGGCACUAUCAAGAUCGAGGUCUUCUGCGACAGCGUCCCCAAGACCGCAGAGAACUUCCUCGCCCUCUGCGCCUCUCACUACUACGAUGGCUCACCCUUCCACCGGCUCAUUCCCUCCUUCAUGGCCCAGACGGGCGGCCCCGCCAACCCCUCACCCGAGAACCCCAGGGGCGGACGCUCAAUAUGGGGCGGCACCUUUGACGAUGAGAUCCGCCCGGCCCUGAAGCACGCCCAGCGCGGCAUGGUCUCCAUGGCCAACAAGGGGCCCGGCACGAAUGGGUCGCAGUUCUUUAUCAUCUUCGACAAGGCUCCGCACCUCGACGGGUUGAAUACCGUCUUCGGCAAGGUGAUCGGGGACGACAGCCUAGCGACUCUGGCUAAGAUUGAGGCGCUCGAGGUGGACAAGAAGAACAGGCCCAAGGAACCUUGCAAGAUUGAGAAGGUUACAAUCCAUGCGAAUCCAUUGGCAGGCUAA